CUUCCAUUUAAAGACAACCUCCUGCUCACUUCGGGUCUCAGUUAGUGAUGUUGCUUAAUUUUGUGGUGAACCUGUGAAGAGAGAGGCAGAAGCCGGCUCUUUUUUUAAUUCUUUGAUUCCUUCUUUUGUUUCUUCAGUUGUUUCGUUUUCUUUAAUCACAUCAUUGCUAUUGUUUUCAAAGGAUCCAUUGUUUUUUGUUUUGUUAAAUAAAUAUAUUUUUAAUUUAAUCCUGAUUAUUUAUUUUAAGUUUGCUUAUUUUAUACUCGCGAGGUUCAUGCCAGAGUUAAGGGAAUUUAUCUUACAAAACCUUGCUUAGUAGAUUCUUGUUUGGUUCUUGUGUUUAAGACAAAGUGCACUAUUUGGCUAUAUAUCUCCUAACACUAAGGACGUCUGUAACUUUGGUUUAUAGAAACGACGGCAACACCAAACUAACAUGGCAGUCAGACUGUGUGAUGUGGCUUCUCUUCUUAGAAGUGGCUCGUGGGCAGCAGAGCCUUGGACUGGGCAGGUAAUUGCUGCCAUGGAAACACAGCUGUCCAAUGGACCCUCGUGUAACAACACCACCAAUGGCCCCACCACAAUUUCAAACAACUGCUCCUCGCCAGUAGAAUCAGGAAGCAUAGAGGACAGUAAAACUAACUUGAUAGUCAACUACCUUCCUCAGAAUAUGACACAGGAAGAGCUGAAGAGUUUGUUUGGAAGUGUGGGUGAAAUAGAGUCCUGUAAAUUAGUACGAGACAAAAUAACAGGGCAGAGCCUAGGGUAUGGAUUUGUGAACUAUGUGGACCCUAAAGAUGCUGAAAAAGCCAUCAAUACAUUAAAUGGCCUGAGACUUCAGACCAAAACAAUAAAGGUGUCCUAUGCCCGUCCAAGCUCAGCUUCCAUAAGAGAUGCAAAUCUGUACGUCAGUGGACUGCCAAAAACUAUGACUCAGAAAGAACUAGAGCAGCUUUUUUCUCAGUAUGGACGCAUCAUUACCUCUCGUAUUCUGGUGGACCAAAUGACUGGGGUCUCCAGAGGGGUUGGUUUCAUUCGAUUUGAUCGAAGAAUUGAAGCAGAAGAGGCCAUUAAGGGUCUUAAUGGUCAGAAGCCACCAGGUGCCACAGAACCAAUCACAGUCAAGUUUGCAAACAACCCAAGCCAGAAAACCAGCCAGGCUUUGCUCUCACAGCUGUACCAGUCCCCAAAUAGAAGGUACCCAGGACCCCUGGCACAGCAGGCUCAGCGGUUCAGGUUGGACAAUCUUCUUAACAUGGCUUAUGGAGUGAAGAGCAGGUUUUCUCCCAUGACCAUUGACGGAGUAACCAGCCUGGCCGGAAUCAACAUCCCAGGACAUGCAGGGACAGGGUGGUGCAUCUUUGUUUAUAACCUGGCUCCUGAUGCCGACGAGAGCAUCCUGUGGCAGAUGUUUGGACCUUUUGGCGCUGUAACCAACGUGAAAGUCAUUCGUGACUUCAACACAAACAAGUGCAAGGGUUUUGGAUUUGUCACCAUGACAAACUAUGACGAAGCUGCAAUGGCCAUUGCCAGCCUGAAUGGAUAUCGGCUCGGGGACAGAGUAUUGCAAGUUUCAUUUAAAACCAACAAAACGCACAAAGCCUAAUGUCUCCUCAGUUUUCUUUAUACAAAAAAUAUAAAGGUUAACGUAAACUUUAUACAUUAGUAAAAAGUCUUUGUAAGUCAGUGUUAUGAAGGGAAACAAAUGAAUAUUUAGCGUCCAACAAGUGUGAUUUUUUUUUUUAUUGCUAGUCUUUGACUCAACUUCUUAAAUAUCCUUUAUGUUUAAAUAGAGAAAAUUCAGCAGGUUUUUUACCUGACAUGUUGCAUUCUGAUGCCUUCUUUAAAGAAGGACCUUUUAAAAUGUUUCAGCUAAAGUAUUUUUUUUGUUACAUAUCUGCUUUGAAAGAGUAAGUCUUGUAAGGCUUUGUGUAGUGAUUUACUUUGUGUUUUUUCUGUGUCUUCAUUUGCCUUUGGUGCUUUUGCCCUUAAGUGAGUAACAGAAGAUAUUUUCAAUUCAGACUCAUUUUUGUUUACAUAUUUAUUUUGUAAAGCUAUUUUUGGUUGUUGUAUUUUGAGUAGGGAUAUGGGUGGGCUGCAUAAUAUUGCUUAUUGUAAGAUUACUGGAAAACACUUUUCUUAAAGCAGUACCUUGCCAAAGAGCUAAGAACCUCUUUGAUGUGGGUUUAAAAAAAUCUAUUUUUAUAAAAAAGAAAAAUUUGGAGAAACUUUUUACUGGACCUGGAACAAAUAUUUUGACUUGGAUACUUUGAGAAAUAUCUUCAUAUGACACCUUGUGAGCUUUUGAACCUUACCAGGAAGUUUGCAAUGAUUGGGAUUUCUGGAGAGAUUUAUGCUGUAAACGAUUACCUUUUGAGAUCUUUGUAUUAACUUAAGAUUCUAGAAUAAGUGGCAGUGUUGGUUUCAUUUGUAUAAUCAUCAUUGGAAUGUCAGAUCAUCCUGGUUGUAAUGUGACAAGCAGCUCACAUUCAGUUAUUUUGAAAUACAAAUCUUUAAAAAAAAAAAUUACCAAGGUUACUUUAGCAAAAAAAGCAUGCAAAUUAUAAAGUGAAAAUACUUAAAAGGUUUUUUGGGGAAAAUAAAUCAGUUCUUCCUAAUGAAUUCCCUUCAGAUGGAGCUCACGGUGUUUAGUGAUGUACUUGCUAUAUUGUUAAAGACCUGUUUUGUCUGUGUAUUAAAGGAAUGAAAGUGGUUUGUACCUGCUUUGUACAAAUGAGAGGAAAGCCUGCUUAAGUGGCAGAAAAGUUAGUAUAAAUUUUGAAUGAAACAUUGGAAGGAUUACACCUGAGCUUAGAGCUAUGUAAAUAAGUGUUUUUUGUUUAGUUUUAAGUAUAUGCUUAAGUUAUUGGACUUACCAAUAUUUUUGUGUUUGUAUAAAUAUUUUUGGUUUGGGGUGUCCCAUAUUUGGUUUUACUUUUGGUUUUCUGUAGGUUUACACUGUCCAUUUAAGUAUACAGUAUUUGAUUUGUCUCAUGGGCCAGAUUUUACAGUGCAUUGACUUUGUUGGUUGUUUGGUCUGUAGAUAGUCUUGCUUCCGCUAUUAAAAGAAAUCUAUAGUGACAUUGCUUAUUUUCUUUUGUUUUAUAUAUAAUAUAUAAAUGUGGUAAAGUUAUAAACCACAGUUUUGAACAAAUCUCCUGCCAUUUUUCAUACGAGUCCUCUAUAUAUGUAUGCUGUUACAAUUUACUUUAAAAGGUGUAUAAUGCUUAAACCACUUUGGGGGAAUAAUUAUGCCGUUUUCUGACCAUAUCAAAAAAAGAAUGCAAGUGGUUUCCUGAGUAACAUCUUGCUUUUCAAAUAUUGAACAAAUAAAGGCUGGCGGACUAGCCUAGAUGCACUGAUAAUUGUAAUGUCCUGCUUUGUAUAAACUGAUCAGUACUCAUGCUUCCCUUAUAAUAAGCAGUGUGCUAUGCAUUGUAUAUUUAUAUUUGCAUCUUUUUUUAAAACUAGAAAUCAAAACUUCAGUAUAGUUGACAAGAGUAUAUAUAUGCUGUGAUACACAUGCUGCUGUGAGUAAGCACAUUUUUCAUGCUAGACCGCUCAAUGCUCUUUACCAGUAAGUUACAUUUAUGAGAUGGCAUAAAGUCUUUUCCUGUGUCCUUUUAUAUGUAUUUUUCUGAGUGCAACUUGCAUCUUGUAAGGAAAGCAAAAACUUGAAUGUAAGGUCGUGCAGCUUAUGAAAGCAUUGAUGGUAAGGCAUAAAAAUUAGGCUCUACUCCGCCGUGUUUAUCAGAACACUUAAUGUGAGGUUGGUAUUUAUUUGAAGUUGUAUAUGGAUUCAGUUCACAUCUGUUGGGAUAAAAUUUCUUCUGUUAAGUAUUUAAAAGGAUGUACAUG